UGUAACGUGUCAGGUAAUAAUUUCCAUUCUCAUUUGCAGAUUGCUACCUGGGGAUAAAUUUCUGGGCCUUUUGAAGAAAUCAUCUACAAUGGAAAUUGUAGCUCUGUAGUUCUGUCUCUGCUGCUCGCCAAUGGAAUUAUUUUAAUCAGUGCAGCGACCAAUGAUCAGAAUCCACAACCAGCUCCUAUUAUUAAACUCUUUGAAACGUCCUCUCCAGGUGUUGUAGAGCUUACAGAGGACCACAAAUCCAAUAGCUUCAUUCCCUUAUUCAAAAUGCCAGGACAAAACACCCCACCCCAUCCUAUAUGCUUAGUGUCAACUGGAAUCAGAGACGCAUUCAAAUACAUCAAUACUGUGAUGUCUGCUCUUUUAUUCAUCAUUGGAAUAGUUGGAAAUUCAGCACUGUUGAGAAUCAUGUAUAAAAACAUUCUUAUUGCCAGCUCUUGGGGACAUGCUGCAUAUCGUGAUAGACUUUCCGAUCAACGUUUACAGGGUGCGCUAUUUGCAAUCUGGUGUACAGUUACUGUCUAUCCUGACAGAAAAUAUAUAUUU